UUUGUUGGUAUUAAUUUGAUCUUGUUCUUGAUGCUAACGGUUGCAGUUGUGGAUGGAGAACUACAUGGCAUCAAUGAGUCCACCAUCACCUUCAUCAUCGACUUUAUCAUUACAAUCAGACGAUGAUUUGUCUACAGAAUAUAGAUCGUCAUUGCUGACGCGUUCGCAGCGGUUUAAUCUGAAGCUUCUCGCGCUGUAUUCAAAACACAAAUGCCUGUGGAACUUCAAACACGUCGACUUCUUUAACACCGCCAUGCACAAGAGCAUCUGGGCGGACAUCGUCCGACAGCUGAACACGAAGCGUACGAUUACCUGGCAGUUCUGUCGCCGUCGCAUCAUGGAGCUGCGCCACUACAAUAACCAAUAUCGAUUGCAGCAAUUACGCUUGGACAGCAACCUCCCAAAUGAGUGGUACCAUGUUAGGGAUGUUCCAAUGUCGUUGCCACUUGACGGGACUCGAGGGCUGGAGCUGCUGCCGAAGGAGAGCUAUAAGCAUUGUUUCUAUUUUUUAAAUUCCCUCUAAGCUCCUUCCAGCCAAUGAUCUUCUUAAAAUCUUAAC